AGAAUAUUCUCAAUCAAUUUCAGCCUCGACUUCAUUUCAAUUCAAUCACAAUUUCAUUCCGUUUCGUUCUUUAAUUAAUGAGGAUAUCUUCCUCAUUUCAUAAUUCUUGCUCACCAUUUUAGCGAUUCGAUAACACUUCUAAUUUCGAUUCCUUAUAUUCAAUCAUCCGAGCAAACAAAACAACUGGAACGUCGCGUACCUAGAUAUCAUCUACCUACCUACCCACCCACCUACUCGUCCACCUAUCAACAUAUCUUAUUCCGAUAAUUCCAUUCGAUUUUGAUAUGUUCAUCUCGGAUUAACCUCUAAACUCGAGGCGAUUCCCUUCGCCAUAAACCCAUUUAUUCCGAUCCAUCAUUCGAUUCGAUCUAGAUCUAAUACCGAUUCGCCUCGUUUAACCCGCGCGGACCUCAUUCGACUCCCAUACAAAUACAAUCUUGAUCAUGCCUAGCGCAACAUCCUCUGGUUUUGAUUCCUCAAAUGGAUCAGCUCGAUCUAGAGAACAUAAUCAAGGAAAUCAAGAUCGUAAAUUCACUCCCGAACAAAAAGCUGCGGUAUUACGAAUUCGAAGAUGUAAAGCGACAGCGUUUUAUGAUAUCCUAGACCUCGAAUCCGUACGAUCAACAUGUUCCGAUGCCGAUAUUAAAAAAGCCUAUCGUAAACAAUCCUUAUUGACACAUCCGGAUAAAAAUGGUCAUGAACAUGCAGAUGAAGCCUUCAAGAUGGUUAGUCGUGCUUUUGGAGUAUUAGGAGAUAAGGAAAAACGAGAAAAAUAUGAUCGAUUCGGUACCGAUCCGGAUAGUAGAUUUGAAAGCGCUAGAGCUCAAGCUAGUAAUCCAUUUAGUGGAUUUGGUGGUGCAAGAGCUGGUCCAGGUGGUCCAGGAGGUCCAUUUGGUGGUGGUGGAAUGUGGGAAGACGAGAUAAGUCCUGAAGAAAUGUUUCAACGAUUCUUUGGAGGUGGAUUUGGUGGUCCUUUCGGAGGUUUCGAUACUGGACCGCAAUUCGUCUUUAAUAUCGGUGGUAAUCGUGGAUUCCGAGUACAUCAAAUGGGUGGUGCAGGUCCUAGAAGAAGACCAAGAGAAACUGACCAACGACCACAAACAGGUUGGGAUACAUUAAUCAGUCUAUUACCAAUCCUCUUUUUAUUCGUAUUCCCAUUAUUGUCCUCCAUCUUUUCCGGAAGCGAUUCACAACCUACUGUACCAUCGAUGGUAUUCGAUGCCGAAUCCCCUCCUUUAACAUAUCAUCGAACUACACCAAAACUUGGCGUCGAUUAUUAUGUUGAUCCUGCUGAAGUUAUCGGAUGGAAUGAUUAUAAAUUUCGACAACUUGAUAAAGAAGCUGAAGUUGGAUUCGUACGUGCUUUACGACGUCGUUGCGAUACUGAAAUGCGUACGAAACAUGAUUUAAUCGAAAAGGCACAAGGAUGGUUUCAUGUGGAUCAUGACAAGAUGAAAAUUGCCGAACAAUUCGAAAUGUCCUCAUGCAAACGUAUGGAUGCUCUUGGUAUUUCCCGGUAGCAUUAUUUCAUCCGGGGAUAUUGUUUUGAGGAUACCUAGAUAUCAUACUUGUGUCUAUCGUCCGAAGUCAAGUACCUAGGUAGAGUUAUAGGUAGAGGAAAACGGUUCGAUUCAAUAGUAUCUAAUAAAGAAUUACGAGCGAGGAUUUUGAAAUGUUUAAAUAUGCUAGGCGUUUGGAGAUUACGAAUUAAGCAUGAAAUUC